CAAUUUUGCAGAUCAGCAGAGCGUUUGAGUAUCACGAAUCUUCGUGACCAUGGACAGCAUUCUUCACGUCCUGUUAAAUAUCGAUCUGUAAGGGUAGAAAUGAGCUUUUUGGAAAAGAAACGAUCAUUAACGAGCGAAAUCGCCGAUGAAACUACAAAGAAAAACGGUUUUGAGGAACGGAGACUGCAAAAAAGACUUCAAGACAUCGAGCGAAGCGCUUUGAAACAACAAAAGAAACGUAGCAACGAACAACUCGAAUACGCUCUUGAAAACCUUUCCCUUGAAGAUGUCAACGCAUUCAACAGCCUCACAAGGAAGAUUCUUAAAUCCAGCUUUCUUCCUCCGAUUAACCAAAAGCCAGCAGGUGGCUCAGGUGAAGGAAAACGUGGAAACAGGAAUGAGAUCUUAGCAGAAAGGCUUAGAGGCUCGAGAAUGAUCCAUAGCUAUCUUGAUAAGCAGAAACAAAGAUGGUUGACGAGAAGUUUGUCGGUUGACUCAGGACUCAUUCCUCUUUCUGGAAAUCGAACUGUGGAGGAAACGGAGUUGAAACCUGGCCCUUACUCAGCUUUUGUGAAAAGACAGCUUGCUGGCUCGCUCUCUGACGUAUCCUGCCCAACAGUGUUUGCUGGCGCAGUCACCAAUUUCAGUCACGUAGCUCAAGAAGGGCGCAAAUUUGAGGAUAUAAAAAGCAUUCAAAACACCCGAAGAGUUGAUUUUGCUGACGAUAUCAAAGAGCAAUUGGAAAGAUCCCGGUCAAAGCCAACACUACGGAAAAGGCAAUCCAACCAUCACCUUUCAUGUCAACCAAAAAUUCAACACAGCUGCCUGAGUGAUGCCAUUGUAUACAAACUUGAAAUGCGAAAAAGGGAGCGACUAAAACUGUAUCAACAAAGUGGCGAUUCUUGUACCUGAUACUAAUUACAAUGCCUGAGACAGUAGGACAAGAACUGAUUUAAAACAUUUUUAUAGAUUACUUAAAAGUAUAUUUGCCAUCGUAUUUAUUUCAGCGUGUUUACAAAUCUAGUUUCUAAGUUAUGUAUUUAGCUGCUGAUCUUUUUCAAUCAGUUUUAAAUUAAUAAAGAGUACA